GCCACCACACCCAACCCCAAGCCGCCUGCUCUUCUGAGUGCAGCAGGGCCGAGUGUGCAGAGUCUCAGAGCGGAGGCAGGGCUGACCGGUGCAUCUUCAUCUCCCUGAGGAAAGGCGCGGCGAGGUAAACAAGAUGGCCUGGUGGAAAGCCUGGAUUGAACAGAAGGGUGUCUCCGUGAAGAGCAGUCCCCACUUCAACCCAGACCCCGAUGCAGAGACCCUCUACAAAGCUAUGAAGGGGAUCGGGACCAACGAGCAGGCCAUCAUCGAUGUGCUCACGCAGAGAAGCAACGCACAGAGGCAGCAGAUUGCCAAGUCCUUCAAGGCUCAGUUUGGCAAGGAUCUCACCGAGACGCUGAAGUCGGAGCUGAGCAGCAAUUUCGAGAGGCUCAUCAUAGCCCUCAUGUACCCUCCAUACGGAUACGAAGCCAAGGAGCUGUACGACGCCAUGAAGGGCUUAGGAACCAGAAAGGGCGUCAUCAUCGAAAUCCUGGCUUCUCGGACCAAGAACCAGCUGCAGGAGAUAAUGAAGGCGUAUGAGGAGGACUAUGGGUCCAGCCUGGAGGAGGACAUCCAAGCAGACACCAGCGGCUACCUGGAGAGGAUCCUGGUGUGCCUCCUGCAGGGCAGCAGAGAUGACUUGUGUGGCUUCGUGGACCCAGGACUGGCCCUGCAAGAUGCACAGGAUCUAUACACAGCGGGUGAGAAGAUUUGUGGGACUGAUGAGAUGAAAUUCAUCACCAUCCUGUGCACGCGCAGUGCCACACACCUGAUGAGAGUGUUUGAGGAAUAUGAGAAAAUCGCCAGCAAGAGCAUUGAGGACAGCAUCAAGAGUGAGACCCACGGCUCACUGGAGGAGGCCAUGCUCACAGUGGUGAAAUGCACCCGGAACCUCCACAGCUACUUUGCAGAGCGCCUUUACUAUGCUAUGAAGGGAGCAGGAACUCACGAUGGGACCCUGAUAAGAAACAUCGUUUCGAGGAGUGAGAUUGACUUAAAUUUCAUCAAGUGUCAGUUCAAGGAGAUGUACGGCAAGACCCUCAGCAGCAUGAUCAUGGAAGACACAAGCAGCGACUACAAGAAUGCCCUGCUGAACCUGGUGGGCAGUGACCCCUGAAGGCUCAGAAGGACAAGAGCAAAGGCCAAGAAGGUGGAGCCACUGGGUCCUGCUUGCUCAACCUUGGCCAUGGAUGGGGAUGGGGGUGGGGGGAGUCACAGCACAGCUUUCAGUCCUCUAUCUCCCAGCUUCCAGUGCUUUCCAGCCACUUUCUCUGACCCAGAAGUAAGGAUCAGCCUGGGGCUCCUACUUCCACUGUCUUCCCAAGUCAUUUUCAGGUGUGAGCACAUUGCCAACCUUAGCAUAUAUCUGAUCUGACAAAUAACCUCAGCAUGAAGGGGUCUACAGGGGCUCGUGAUGAUUUCUUUCUCCCUACACAGGAGCUUCCCAAGCCUGACUGGUCACAGAGUCCCCUAGGCUCUCGGCCCACUCCCAUCUACUAAUCUGAGAUCUGCAGAGAAUAGACCAGACAAUAUGGAAUUUUAAUAAGUGUCUCAGCUGAUAUGCUUCUCUUUCAGGCAACCAGAGAAGGCCAUGAGAGCCUGUUUGUUUCUGAUCACAUGCUUGUGGGCAGCUGAGAAAGGAACACAUAUAUCCAGGCCAAGUGGGCUAUCACCAACAUUCAUUCACCAGCUUCAUUUUAAAAUACUAGGCUGUAAGUAGAAGAAAAAUUCUCUCAUCAUCCUACCAACAGAGAAAGCUGAAAAUUAAUGGCCUGACACAAGGACACUGUGUUCUAAGAGACUUGGGCUUCUCUAGUCCUUGAUCAAAUUAGCUGCUCCUUCCUCCCAUGACGCAAGCCUGGAGACUCUCUAAUCCUGGCCAAAUGGCAAUGGGAACUGGUUACAGGAGAAGCUGAGAUACCUGUGUUGUGCUUUUCAGAACAAUAAAGAUUUGUACACUGGAA